CAGAACAGAAGGUAGGAAGGAAAGAGGAGUAGCAGGCAGGAUAUGUAACAGCAUGCAGUGCAUGGAGAGGAGUGUGUGUUUUCUGAGCUGGGCUCUGAUCAUUGGAGGGGUUCUGUAUCUGCUCCGCCAGGUGAAGGAGCACACGCAGUACGGGCGCUAUGUGGAGACCAGCGCUCCCGGGGUGAUGGUGCCAGCCAAGGUGGCCUGGUUCAUCCAGGAACUGCCCUCUGUCUUAGUGCCUGUGCUUCUGCUCCUGGGCACGGAAACUUCCCACAGCCUGGGACGCACUGUCCUCAUCUGGACCUUCUGCCUGCACUACUUCCACAGGACAUUCAUCUACUCGUUGCUGAAUAAAGGACGGCCGUGUCCUCUGUUCAUCAUGGUGUCGGCUGUGGUGUUCUGCUCUUUGAAUGGGUUCCUGCAAGGACACUACAUGCUCCACUGCGCUCAGUUUGACGCUGCUUGGCACAUGGAUGUACGCUUCAUAGCGGGUCUGUUAGUGUUCUUCUUAGGAAUGGCCAUCAAUAUCCACAGCGAUCACAUCCUGAGGAACCUCAGAAAGCCGGGCGAGAUCACCUACAAAAUCCCCAAGGGAGGAAUGUUCGAGUGGGUGUCUGGUGCUAACUUUUUCGGGGAGAUAAUAGAGUGGUGUGGUUACGCUGCUGCCACAUGGUCUCUGCCCACGUUCUCCUUCGCUUUCUUCACCAUGUGCUCCAUCGGACCCCGAGCUUAUCACCACCACAGGUACUACCUCGAGAAAUUCGACAAUUACCCAAAAUCGAGGAAGGCCGUGAUCCCGUUCCUCCUCUAACAGCAGCAGCGGGAGGCUGCGAGGUGGAAAAUCAGCCAACACUAAAGUUCCAGUGAUGAUGAUGAUCAGAAACAUCAGGACAGAGUGAAGAUGAAGAUGAAGAUGUGCUGCUCAGUAUCAGUGCUGUGUGUUAAUAUUUACACUGCAGCUACACUGAUACAGUGUGUUCAGCGUGCUCACUGAACCCAUACAGCCGCUGAUCAGUACUCACAUCUGAAUUUUUAAUACUUUAUUCUAUAUUUUUUUACAGAGCAGAUUUUAGACGAUCAGCUGCUCCUAAUCUGAUAUUAAUUCUGCAGAAUUCUGAAUUUAAUUCCUUUUUUCCUUUUCCUAGCCCUAUCUUCUAUAACUUCCUCUUUUUAUUUUCUCACUUUUUCUUGUUCUCGUGUUGUUUCUUAAUGAUUUAUAUUUUAUUAAUAUCUCUGCUCAUAUGAUCUUAAUGUCCUUGUGAAGCACUUUGAGCUGCAUAUGUUAUGUAUGAAAAAUACUAAACACAAUAAAGCCUUAUUAUUAUUUUUAUUUCUA